CAGGUUGCCUGUCAUCGCCUCCAUAGUAACGAUAUCGAGGCUGAGCGGGGGGGCUCCGGACACCUGUGGCGGAUUUUUUUCUAGAAAACCUUUACCGCUUCGAAAACACCUGAAAAUGUUCAACAGCAGUCUCAGGGAGUUUGAUGAAGAUCCGUUCGUCUCGGAUCCUUUCCGUGCACAUAGGGAGCAUAUGCGGCAGAUGAUGCGUAGCUUCUCCGAGCCUUUCGGUGGGGCCCUUAUGCCAAGUCUAAUGGAUGGGAGAAACCGUGGCCACGAGAUGAUAGAACAUCCUAGUUCAUCCCAUCCACUGAGAAACGAACACAGGGAUAUGAGCCGGUCGUUGUUGCCGUUUGGUGGGAUUGACAGUACGGACUUGAUGAGAAACCCUUUCGGUGUGUUUGACAACAUGAUGGCCAGCAUGAGAAGCAGGAUGGAGGGAAUGCACAGAAACCUUGAGAAUAUGUCUGCAGAUUCAAACACCCACUCAUUUAGCUCCUCAUCAGUAAUGACAUAUUCAAAGGUUGGAAAUGAGCCUCCCAAGGUCUACCAAGCAACCUCGUCAACACGCUGUGCCCCAGGAGGGAUCAAGGAGACCCGGCAAGCAAUCAGAGACUCUGAGAGCGGUCUUGAGAAGAUGAAAAUCGGACACCACAUCCAGGACCGGGGGCAUGUUGUUGAGAAGAAAUACAACAAGAAAACAGGAGAGAAGGAGUUCAACCAGGACUUCCAAAAUAUGGAUGAAUCUGAAGCACAGUCUUUUGAUGAUGAGUGGCAGCAGGAGGUGUCCAAGUUUCAGCAACCCGGGCCCAUGUCUCGCUUGAACGAACCACAACCCCGUGUUGUUCACCAGGCAGCCCUCACCGGCCCUGAGCAGGCCCACAGAGACCAACCAAGGAGCAAGGCUAAAGGAAAACAGAAAAAGUAAGAGCUCAGGGACGAUGAAGCAGUGUGCAAUAAAGUUGUUGUUUUUUUAAAACAGCA